UCCGGCAAUUCACAGAAAGUACCUACGAGCAGGAUCCCCUUCUGCUCACUCUCUUGUCUCUUGUUCUGCUUCCCGCCCUCUCCAGCAAUCAUGUCAUCCCCACCCUACGCCCCUCUCACACCCACCGGAGCCUCCCAAUUCGACUACUCGGGCCACGCAUGGGAGCACAUCCUCGUGCGCCUAGACGCGGAUGGCCUCCUCCUCAUAACCCUCAAUCGACCUUCGCAGCACAAUGCCUUCACUGGCCAGAUGAAGGACUCACUCGUCCACGCCUUUCUUCUCGCCCACCACGACGACCGAGUCAAAUGUGUCGUCCUCACAGGCGCGGGCAAGUCAUUCUGUGCUGGGGCGGACCUUUCCACCUCAGGCUUCGGGGUGGACCCAACCCGCCCCCUAGAGGAGCACAGGGAUGGAGGCGGGCAGGUGGUCCUCGCUAUGCUCAAUUGCGCCAAGCUGAUCAUUGCGGCAAUACAGGGGAACGCCGUGGGGAUUGGAUUGACCAUGUGCUUUGCCGCGGAUUUGAGGAUUGUGGCUGAGGGGGCCAAACUGGGCACCCCCUUCGUCAAGCGGGGCAUCCCGUGCGAUGCGCUGAGUAGCUAUCUGCUCCCCAGGCUCGUUGGAUGGUCAAACGCUUCUAAACUCCUCCUCACCGGCGACCUCGUAACGCCGAGCUCCCCCUGGCUCGCCUCCCUCUGGCACUCCAUCUUACCCCCUCCAGAAGUCCUCCCCACCUCCCUCUCGCUUGCAACCCACCUCUCCCAGUCCAACUCCCUUCUCAGUACAGCCCUAAUCAAAUCUCAACUGCAUCGUCCCGGCUCCGCUCCAGGAGGCCAACUCACGCGCGGCCUCGAGGAGGUGCACGAACGGGACAGCUAUUGGCUUGCGUGGUGUGCGAGGGAAGGGGAUGCGAGGGAGGGAGUGGAGAGUUUUAUGCAGAAGAGGAAGGCGCGGUUUGGGCAGGGAGGACUGGAGAGAUUGAGGAGGGGAGUCGAGUGGCCUUGGUGGGGGGCAAAGCUGUAGGGGCGAGAGGUGGGUGGGGAAUUGAUACCAUUGCCAUGAUAGC